AUUGUAUUACUUUUGUUAGAAUUUUAUUUUUGACCUAAUAAUUUAAUUAUAGUCAUAAUUUUCUAAAGUACGCAAAAAUAUGAAAUUGCUUACUUUUGUAACCAAUAAGAUUAAAGAGAAAUAAAAUAAUAUUUAAAAUGAAUUUGCCUAUCUUUCAUAUGUUUUAUGUUAUGUCUUAAACCAAGCUAUUAAGUGUGUUAGCACCGUGAGAACGGUGGACGGUGAAUUGUAGGAAAGAUACGAGAUUGUAGAUAUUAACUUUGUAGUUAUCAUACGCAAUGUAAUGUUUAUAUAAGGUAUAAUAUUAUUUGUGUGAUUUGUUAAGAUAGUUUAUAUUAUUAUCUAUGUAAAAGGAUAAAUAUAAAUAUAUAUUUAUACUUAAAAUUAAAUACAAUUAAAAGAUAUUUUUUUAUAUUAAAUAUAAUGAAUAUAAAUACAAGUAUUACUCGAUGUUAUAUAUAAUUCUUCAUUAAAUAUAAAAAAUGUCAAAUACAAUAAGUGGAAAAAACUUGUUACGACCAGCUGGAUUGCAAUGUAAAAAUCUUCAAGAAUAUUUAAAAUCACGUCCACCAGAAGUAUUAAACAAAUUAUAUCAUAAUCCUCCAAUUUGCUUGGCUGUGUUUCGGGAAUUGCCAGUAAUAGCAAAACAUUAUGUUAUGCGAUUAUUAUUUGUUGAACAACCUGUACCUCAAGCAGUUAUUGCCUCCUGGUGUUCUAAACUUCAUUUUGAGGAACAUCAAAAAGUAGUUUUGAUACUAAAUGAACUAAAUGUAUGGAAAGAAGCAUCAAUACCAGGUGGACUACCUGGAUGGAUUUUAAAUACUACAUUCAAGAAAAACUUAAAAAUCGUUCUUUUGGGAGGUGGAAAACCAUGGACAAUGUCAAACCAAUUAGAAACUGAUAGUAAACCUAGAGAUGUUGCAUUUUUAGAUUCAUAUGCAUUAGAAAGGUGGGAAUGUGUUUUACAUUACAUGGUUGGAUCACAACAGCAAGAAGGUAUAUCUGCUGAUGCUGUUAGAAUUCUUUUACAUGCUGGCUUGAUGAAGCGAGAUGAAGCUGAUGGAAGCCCAGUUAUUACACAAGCAGGUUUUCAAUUUUUGUUAUUGGAAACUGCAUCGCAGGUGUGGUACUUUAUUUUACAAUACCUAGAUACGAUAGAAGCAAGAGGACUUGACCUAGUUGAGUGUCUUACUUUUUUAUUUCAAUUAAAUUUCUCGACACUUGGUAAAGAUUAUAGUACUGAAGGAAUGUCCGAAGGUCUGUCAACAUUUUUACAACAUUUAAGAGAAUUUGGUUUGGUUUAUCAAAGAAAACGAAAAGCUGGAAGAUUUUAUCCCACAAGAUUAGCAUUAAAUAUUGCAACUGGGCAAAAUAAACCAUUGUCUAGAGAUCCAGAGAAGGAAGGUUACAUUGUUGUUGAAACAAAUUACAGAGUAUAUGCUUAUACAAACUCGAAUUUACAAGUAGCUUUACUUGGACUAUUUUGUGAGAUGUUAUAUAGGUUUCCAAACCUAGUUGUGUCAAUAUUAACAAGAGAUUCUGUACGUCAAGCUCUGAAAAGUGGAAUUACUGCUGCCCAAAUUGUAGGUUAUUUGCAGCAACAUGCUCAUGGUAAAAUGAUAGAAGCAGGUCCUCCAGUUUUACCACCAACUAUAGUAGAUCAAAUUAAAUUAUGGGAAAAUGAAAGAAAUAGAUUCAUAUUUAGUGAAGGAGUUUUAUAUAGUCAGUUUCUUUCUCAAACUGAUUUUGAAGUGCUUAGAGAUCAUGCUCUUUCUACUGGAGUACUAAUUUGGCAAAACGAAAGGAAACGGACUAUAGUAGUUACGAAAGCAGGUCAUGACGACGUAAAAAAAUUUUGGAAACGAUAUUCCAAAGGUUCCAGUUAGUACAGCAAGAAUAGUGCUAGAAAACUAUUGUUUACAAACAAUUCAUAUAGUAAAAUUUCGUUUUCAAUUAUAAUUAUUUUUUCAUUUUUAAUAUUUGCAAGAUAAAUAAUUCAUUAAAUAUUUUGUUAUAUGCCACAAAGUGUAUAAAGUAUAAAUUUAAAUGUUAUAAAU